UUUCAAUUUGAAAUCCAAACGGCUACGAGAAAUCAUUGCGCAGAAGAAUUGAAACAACAUCCAUGAACAAAGAGAAUACAUCAUCCCGUCUCCCAGUUAUGUCUGGGAAACGGGUGCACACCUCUAGCUCGGAUGGGGAGCAACAACAGCCUGCACAGAAGAAGAUGCGCAAGGUGGACACAGAGCCGCCGCCUCAGAGGUUCAAAACUGCAGCAAGUGUUGUACCCCCAAGACGACCUGUAGCAGUCAAAGCUCUAGCCAAACCUCUUCGUCCAACUGGAGCUGCUACAGUGGCUGUUGCCCCCUCAAGAGGUGUCCAGAAAAGACCAGUUGCAGCAGUUGCUAAAGCAACUACAGGUCCAGGGAUGUCCCGAAGGCCAGGAUGGGACCUGAAGGGUAAAGUCAGUGACAUGGAGAACAAAGUACAAAAUUACCAGAGCAAAGUAAAAUCUAUAAAUCAGGAAAACGAUGGUCUGAAAGACUCCAUAUCCAAAGCCCAAAAGCGAGAAGCUGAAAUUAGAGAGGAAAGUAAUCAAAUCAAAAAGCGUCUCCGGGACUGUGAAGAUGAACUGGUAAAGCUGGCUACUGUAAAAGAUGACCUGGAGCAAACUUCUAAAGAGAGAGAUAGUCUUAAGAAAGACUUCAACAAGCUAACCGAGGAACACAAGAUUUUGGAAGGUCUCAGGGAUAAUUUGGAGUCUGAGCUCCGCAAUGUGCAGACUCAGCUCUCCAUUCAGACCUCUGCACUGGGACGGUGUCAGGACAGUCUGAAAGAGAGUCAGGAAAUAGUCAGAAACCUUGAAGAGACUGUGGCCCGUCAAAAGGAAGAGCUACACUUUGGAGAAAUGGAGCGAAGGAAACUCCACAACACCAUUCAGGAGCUCAAAGGCAACAUUAGAGUCUUUUGUAGAGUCCGGCCACUGCUGACUGGCAAUAAGUUUGACGUUCGGCAUAUUCAGUUGCCUGCCCAUGACAACAAGGCUCUCACGCUGGCCAAAAUGGAAGAGUCGCACAUAGGCCGCACAGCUGACACACAGAAAAGCUAUAACUUCAGCUUUGACCGUGUGUUUGGACCACGUGCCUCUCAGAGUGAGGUUUUUGAAGAGAUUUCCCUGCUGGUCCAGUCAGCUCUGGAUGGGUACAACGUAUGUUGCUUUGCUUAUGGUCAAACCGGCAGUGGUAAGACCUUCACCAUGGAAGGGGGCGAAAUGGAGGACUUGUGGGGUGUCAUUCCACGUGCCGUCCAGCAAAUCUUUAAGUAUGCCAAAGCACUCUGUGAGCAAGGGUGGCAGUACACAUUCACUGCUAGCUUUGUGGAGAUCUACAACGAGACUCUUCGAGACCUUCUGUAUACGGGAAAACCGAACAAGAGACUCGAGCAUGAGAUCAGGAAGGUCUCCAACAAUGAGAUCACAGUUACCAACCUAACAUACCAAAAAGUCAACAAUGAGGAUGAGGUACACAAUUUGAUCAUGUUGGCAAACCAAAACAGGUCCACCGCCCGCACCUGCAUGAACGAUCAGUCCUCACGUUCUCACUCGGUGUUCCAGCUAGACAUAGAGGGCAAGAACUCUGAUCGAGACACUAAGUGCAAGUCUACACUGUGUCUUGUGGAUUUGGCUGGUAGUGAAAGAGUGCAGAAAAGUCAGUCACAAGGAGAACGCUUCAAGGAAAUGACUGCCAUCAAUUCUUCCCUCACCAACCUGGGAAUCGUGAUCGCUGCUUUGGCCAACAAGGACAGCUUUGUUCCCUACCGUAACUCCAAGCUCACCUAUCUCCUCCAGAACUGUCUCGGAGGCAACAGCAAAACUUUGAUGUUUGCCAAUAUUUCCCCUGAGGAAGAGAGUUUCAGUGAGUCCCUGAAUUCUCUGCGCUUCGCCAGCAAGGUGAACGACUGUGUUAUCGGAACCGCUUCAGCUAAUCGGAAAUAGAUUAGCUAUCAUUUCUCAUAUUCCAAUGUUGUGAUUUUAUGUUUUUCUUUUGAUCUGUUCCCAUCACUUAUUCCGUAUUUACCCAAUCCCCCCCAUCUGUCUUUUUAUAUGUCUGUGAUACAUUUUAAUGUACAGUUCAGUUGGUAUCUUUUUAGAUUUCUGAUUGGCAGACAAUUUUUUUAUCAAUGUAUAUCAACUAUCAAAGGCAAUUGUACUUAAACUUGUAAGAUAAUUCAAUAAAUGUUCAAUUUUGGCGUGUAAUGCAGCAGUACGCAUGAUUAUGAUGCCAAGUGGACAAGUUUGAAUAUAUCUCUUUUUUUAUUUAAUUAUUUUUACUGAGCUAAGGAUUUUAAAACGAAUGAAUGAUGUGUAGUUUUAGUUCAAAUUAAGUUAAGUUGGUAAAAUGAAUUCAGUUUGUAAAUGUUUUAGCUACAUAUUUUUCUGUUACAAAAAUGAUAACCAUAGUUUGUCAGAAUGCUAAAGUAACUAUAAAACUGGUACGGUACCUUGGUAUUUGCUACUGUUGCCAAAAGGAAUAAAAUUACAU